GAAUGACUAGGUUGGCUGUAAUUAUAUGAUGACCUUGGUAGAUGUAGCCAAAUAGGGUAUUUUUUUAUUGUAAAGGUAAAAAUUGUAAAGGAGUGGCAAGGACUCAACAUUGUCUUGAGUGGGUAAUUUUAAAGCUGCUAGUACUCUGUGUUAAGGAUUUUAAUGUCUAGAAUGUUCUAUCUUAUACAAGAAAUUCACUUUAAGAAUUGCAUUUUUCUUCCAUAUGUCCCAUCCAAACAAUGAGGAGGGGAUCAGAGAGGAAGGGAUGCUCAGUAUCCCAAAGCCCACGGCUUUGAUGUGGUUCCAUUGUCCUGUCUCACCAGGACUCCUACACCAUCAGAGUUUCUCCACUGGUUUCUCCUCCCUGUUCUACAGACACACAGCAGCAAAAAGGGACCCAGGAGAACUGGGCAGAGUCGUGUGACACAAUGUCACAUCUGGCAUGGGACAAACUGCUUGCUCUCUUGUUGCCACAGUUCAUCCUCUGUGGGAGAGAACUGACUCGCCUUCUGUGCUGUAUUGUAAGGAUACAUUCAUUAAAGUUUCUAAAGCAUUCAGAACUGUGGCAGUGGGGGCUGUGCAGUAUGAAGUGACUCUUUCUGUUCUCUAGAGACUGUAAUUGUUGUAGGAGAUAUGCUGUGAUUCAGAAGCGAAAAGCAAGGCAGCAACAAGUCCUUCAAGAUUUAUGGUUUAAUAGUUUUGUUGCUAAUAGUUGGACUAAUUCUGCUGUGCCUUCAUUCUGAUAUUUUUUUUUAACUUGGUUCAUUUUCAUAACCCAGGAGAAAGAUUUAAUUUUAGAAGUUUCAGUUGACAGAGACAUGCUGGUGCUAGAUACGUAUUUCAGAUCAUUGUCAUUGUGCUCUAUUUUUAAAUUCAAGUGCCAGCCAACCCAAAGAGCAUACCCUGUUCUAUGAUGGGUGCUCUGCAGCCAUGCUACAAAGCAGAAUUCUUCCAAGCUUUAGCACAGGGCCAGCAAAUUUACUUAUAUAGUUUUCCUGUUUAAUGAAGGGAAAUGUUCUAGCACCUUUUCAUUAUCACAGAACUAAAACUGGUCAUAAAAACAAUCCUCCUCCCCCGAAGGCCUGAGCAGGCAUUGGCAAUUGUUAAGAUGCUUGCCUAUCAACAGCCACUCGAGAAAGAAUUUUAAAUGGUUUUGUGACGUCAAGGAGGCCCAAGAAAACAUAGUCUGGUGCCAAAUUACUUCCAUCAUUGAAAGCCCACAGUAAGAAAUAGAUAACACAGAAAUAAAUCUUUUGUGCAGUAGCUGUCUCAUGAUAUGCUCUAGCGACUCCAGUAAGUGAGGUUGUCUGGUAUAGGAAUAGCUGAAGAAGAUGAACUUUCAGAGCCUCAUUUUCUAAUUUAUGAUUAAUGAAAAGGCAGCCUAAUCUGUCUGACAUCCUGCUGUCUGGACGCAAUGUCUGCGGGCAGCUUGGACCUCGCAGGGGGAAGUGCCCUGACAAAGUUACAGCCUGCAAAAGUGAUCAAUCUAAGCACGGUGGACAAAAAACUGUACCUCCUGAACGAAAAGAUGGACAGACUGUUGCACUUCCAAGAAGAUCUGACAGGCAAACUGCAGCAGGUUAACAGAGGCAUUGAUGAUGUAGAAAAAGGCAUUAACAAGCUGGCAGUAUCCCGAGCAGCUCCUGCUGACACAGAUGCAAUGCAGAAAGGCCUAAAGGUUUCGGACAGUGCUCACCAGGCUGACGUCCACAGCAUAUGCUCAGAAGUGUUGAAGCUGAUGAAAGCUGCCCAGCUAGAUGCCUCAAAGCAUAAGGAGAGGCUGGCAAAGAUAGAGAAAAGGGUUGAUACCCUGGAUAAAGUUAUUACAUUUGUGGGCGAAGUAUUAAAAAAUUCUAAAGUAGUGGAUUUUAUUCUCAAAGGCAUUGUGCCCUGGAAGAAGGGGAGUCUGCUGGAAAUUCCUGUUGAGGUUGGUUUAGUUUUACUAUUCUUCGUAUUUUACUUUAUGAUGUAUCAGGGCUUUAGGAUCUCCUGUUGAUUUCUUGCAUAAUGUAUAAUUCAGGUUUUCCUUUCAGUGUUGCUGUUACAGGUUUGUUGCUGUGACCUCUGAAUUACAAGGCUCUCAAGGUGGGGACCAAGCCCCAAACACACCUUGCAGUCCAAUGUUUGAGGUUCCUGAAGUGUGCCAGGCAGUCCUGUAACAAGUGUGAGAAGUAGAUUGCUACUCUAAAGGAAAACUCAGCUUCUACCAGUGCUCAGAGCUCAGCAAUGUCACUCAAAUUAGUGACUGAAUUGAGGCCCCAGUGGAAGUGAAGCAUUUUUUAUUGGAAGAGGCUUCUAUUUCCUUGUGCAUGAAUUCUGAACAAAGCACCAGUUACUAAAAGCUGUGCUGACUUAUGGUUGUGUUUCUGAGCAGGUUUAUAUGUCCUUAGACAUCUAAAUUGUCUUUAGCUGCAUCUUUACAAUGCAGCUAUGACUUCAUCAACUCCAUCAACAUUGUUCACUCCUGAAAUCAAGUAGUUCUUGUGCAUGCAAGUCCUAGAUAUCAGUUCCUAAGGAUUUCUUAAUAAUUGAGAACAGUGAGGGAGGAACAAGCAAGACCAGUACACAGUCAAUAUGGUGUUUUGAAAUAGAUUAACCUUGUUUUUUAAAAGUUACAGGUGUCUGAAAUUAGUUUUAGCUCAUGGGAGUUUCCAUUUUUCACAGUAGCUUGUAUCCCAACAUGGGGAUGAGAGAGAGGAAAACUGCAAGAGCUGUUUUCAUUGUUUAUUCAUUCCAAGAAUUUCUUUGUAUGUAGGGGUAUGAUUACAGUAAGGAGAAUUUAGCUCAAAUGAAAAUGUCCAUUUGUAUCUUAAUCAAAAUAUUUUUCACCAAAGCUGUAAAAUGUUUUGAUGGGAAGGUACAUCUAAACUUUUAGAAAAACAGGGCAGUGCUCGAUGCCAGAGUACCUUUUCAGUCUUUCUGAGUGGUCUCCUGGACUCCUUUUUUUAUGUGCCAGCGUCUGACAAGUGAACUGGACUGUUAGGAGACAGAGGAAUUUAUAAAGUAUUUCCAUUAGUAUUAAGGACAAUAAAUUAUGCAUUAGUUAUCAACCUUAAAUCUGGAUAAAGCUUGUACUUGGAGUUCCAGUUUCAGUUCUACAGGUUUUUUGAGAAAUGGGAAAGUUUGAUAUUUUUGGUUAAAGCUGCAUUGUUCCAAGUCACUGCCUGCAGUCACUGCAGAAUGCCUGGAGACAGGCACUGUCCUUUGCUUGAUUUACACCUUGGACUGAACUGGCACACGGUGUGUCAAUGGCCAGGGGAAGAGGAGCAGAAAGAAGAUAAACUAAUUCUGUUUCCAGAUUGUCCAUUUCCAAGUGAAAAGAGCAGUAAGGAGGGAUGUAAAUAACAGGAGGUCAUGUGAGGAAGGAUUCACAAGGACUCCUGGCAUACUGGUGGGACUGGUUGUGGAGUAGCCACCGUGCACACACAUCCAUGUUUACAAAAGGAGAUGGAAGGAGCUCAGAGCUCCAUUCAAGUUUUGUGGACAGGCAGAUAGAGACUGAGAGGGGAAAUGGCCUGCUGGUGGUGACCUGAUGGACUGGGAUGGGCUGGGGGUCAGUGUCCCAGGCUCUCUCCUCGGCUGGAGAACAGACAGGGUUUGCUGGGCAAGCAGUUUUAUGGCAAACUCCAGUUUUGCAAUAUGCCCAUCAUCGUUCUUUUUUUUUUCUGUUCAUGAACACUUUUUGAAAUUGGAGCAAAAGGUCAGUUAUAAGACCUUGAGAUACGUCUGUGCUUUGAUCCCAGGCUGAACUAGGCUUGAAUUAGUGAGGUCUCUUGUGUACGUGACCCAGCUGGGUAACGUGGAGCAAAGCACAGGUGAUCUUGGAAACAAAUCCUGCUGAGCCAUGUGCCAGCUUUGGUCUGGUUUGUGCAGCCUGUUGAGUGAUGGCAGCACAGACAGGUCCAAAGAGCUCCACAGUUGCCUGGGGGUUGCACAGAAGAGAACUUGCUGCUUGCUUGUUUCUGUUUUCCAGCCUUUGCUGUUCGUGGCAGUGU